CACUUUAGGACAAAACCUAAUCCCCUCGCUCUAUAUAUACCGUCUGUACUGAACCCUGAAAUACAGAAGAAAAUAUAUAAGGUAUGUGAUUAGAAACAUGCUUCAAAUGAGCAACGUUGGAUCUUACCCUCCUGUGUUUCGCCAGCUGAACGGUGGGGGUGUUCAUCCUCCGCAGCAGAUGAUGGCUCAAUUGAAGAAGAACAACUACUCCAUGGAAGACACCAGUACCACCACCCAAGAAGAUUCAGUUCCAAUCCCUAUGGUGGAUCUUGAGUGCCUUAGCCUGCAUAAGCUUGGGGAUGCUUGUAAAAAUUGGGGUCUUUUUCGUUUGGUUAACCAUGGGAUCCCUUCAACCCUUUUGACCAAACUUCAGUACCAUGCCAAGAUGUUGUUUGGUUUAUCCUUUGAGUCCAAGCAAGCCUUAAUCACUAACCCUAUGUCUUAUUUCUGGGGCACCCCUGCCUUAACCCCAUCUGGGACUGCCCUAAACCCUGCUGCCUCGACUUCAACUAUGAACUGGCUCGAAGGGUUUAAUGUUCCACUCACUCAACUCCCACACUUCCAUUCUGAACAUCCUAUGCUUCAUUGUUUCAGGCUUUUGUUGGAAGAAUAUGGAAGGCACCUUUCAAGGAUUGCCACAACCUUGUUUGAAUCAAUGGCGAAGAAUCUCGAUCUUGAUCCUAAACAAUCCGAGUCUAAGUUAGAUGAAUCCACUGCAUUCAUUCGGGUUUACAGGUAUCCACCGCGCCGCUCCUUGGCUGGCGAGGCUUGGGGCAUGAUCCCACACACCGAUAGCUCAGUGCUUUCCAUAGUGAACCAAGAUCAUGUUGGGGGACUUGAAAUUUUCAAGGACAAUAAAUGGCACUUGGUUAACCCAAUUCCCAACACUCUUGUAGUUCAUAUCGGUGACAUGAUGCAGGCUAUAAGUGACGACGAAUACAUGAGUGUGAAACAUAGAGUGAGAGUGAAGAAGCAGGAGGAGCGGCUAUCAAUCUGCUACUUUGUAUUCCCAGCUGAAGAGAGUGUGAUCCACAGCUCAAAAUAUAAACCUUUUACUUACAAAGAUUUCCAAGAACAAGUGCAAAAAGACACCAGGACUCUAGGCUAUAAAGUUGGCCUCCAAAGGUUCAAAGCUUAAUGCAGAUAUAUAUAUAUAUAUAUAUAUAUAUAUAUGGUUUCAUUAUCUCUUCACUGCAAGUUGGAAAUAAAAUUAAAGGACUGUAGAUAUCAUGAUUUGAACAUUAAGUUUACCGAAUGUGAUAAUUACAUGUUAGAUUCACUUCUAUCAUCAAGCUCCUGCCUCUUUCAUUACUCUUUAGGUCACAGGCAGCAAAAAAUGUAGUUCUUAUUGUUUGAUUUUUUUUUCCCCGAUAA